GACCCCAGUCAGCAUAGUGAGCAGAAUUCGCCAGCAUCACAUGCCGCUACCUGCUCUCCUCCAACAUGGAUCAGUGUUUGGCCGUGACGUCAGCCGUCACCGCCCUGCCUGCCUGCAGUAUCGGUGACUCCAGAUGAUGAAGACAGGAGAAGCGGCCUUGCGAUGAAUCAGAAUUAAGAGGGAAAUAAGCCAUCACAGGAUGAGAUACUGCUUUAAACUUGGCGACGGAGGUAUCGAACGAUGUUCAUUUUACGGCGCUUAUACGAUGGAUAGUAUUAUACCGAAUGGAGGGAGCGGUGGACUAUGCUUCCCUCCGGGCUUCUUUCUGGGGGCUUUUCAGUUUAAGAGCGCUUCUGCAAGCGCUGCCACGGUAUGGGCGAUUUAGUGAAGACAUCCACGAGUCUAUAAACAUCAGCAAUACAAUCGUUUUGGGCAAUAUCGUGGAAUAUUUAUUUUCUUAAAGAUUCUGGAAUAGGAUUAUAUAGGUGGAGCUGCGGUUUAUUUAAUAAAACAUGAGCCCCGCUCGGUACACUGUGGUCCCAAUUUAUGGGUUGAUUCAUUGCUGUUGAUGUUCGAGUAUUGUGAGUCGCUGAUUUUCUAAUGAACACGGAUCAUGUUGGGCAUCCUAAAUGUUACACCUGCAUGGCAUGACCCUAAAUUGAUAGACUACGAGAAUAUUAACAUUUGCUCGUGCGUGGAGACCCUCUAGGCUACCUAAUUUAGAGUGGCAUGAUAGCAUCUCCCCAUGGAGAAUAUUUAUGCAACCCGACGCAGUGUUUUAAUUGAGAUACGAGACAUGUCAUGGGUCUUUUGUUCAGGCUAUAGGCUGCUGGUGAUAAGACCCUCAAAUGCUCCACCUUUCCUCCAAAAUAGUGUUUUAUAGCCUACUACUGUCAUCAUCAGCGAGGAACAUAAAUAACAUCAAUAAUUAUUAUCACUGUGGUUGGCUUUUGUCAUUGGGAAUGACAGACUGAUCCAAUUAUUGUCCAGAGGUGCUCUCUCUCCCUCUAGUAACAUUUACAUAUUGAGAAACCCCAGCCCGACUGUGACCAUGUCGAAAGCUGCCACUAAAGAGAAAAAAUCAUUCAGCAAGAAGCUCUUCCGAAGGGGCUCGGUGCGCUCCGUGGGGAGCUUUAUGAACAGAGUUCUCAGGACUCUGUCGACUUUGUCCCAUUUCGGCAACGAGGAGCAUCAAGAUGACGACAAAGACGAUGCAAGUUCUAUCCCGACCACCACUGGCGGCUCUGUCCCCUCCGACGACAGUGACUGUGGCGGGUUCCUGUUUGGGGACAAGGUCCCCGGAGUUGCCGGACUCAAGAACCAUGGCAACACCUGUUUCAUGAACGCUAUCUUGCAAUGUCUGAGCAACACGGAGCUAUUUGCUGAGUAUCUAGCAUUGGAACAAUACCGUGGAGAGGACAACAGUCACGGUACUAAUGACAAAUCGACUGAAUCGAAUAAACCGAAGUCAACAAACGGUGUCUGUAUCCAAAGGAAGGGACACCAGCAGCAGGAGUCAGGUGAAGUCACCGAGCAACUUUCUGGUCUCGUCCGCGCUCUGUGGACGUUUGAGUACACCCCACAACACAGUCGCGAAUUCAAGAAUGUUGUGUCGAAGAGUGCCCUGCAGUUCCGGGGCAACGCCCAGCACGAUGCCCAGGAGUUCCUGCUGUGGCUCUUGGACAGAGUUCACGAGGACCUCAACAACAUCGUCCUGCCCAGCAGCAGACCCCCCAGGAAGCCUCCGUUGGAGGAAGAAAAUGUCCCUGAAGGAUCCUCAUUACCAGCAGCUGGCUCUUUCGUACAAGAGCUAUUUCAGGCUCAAUACAGGUCCUCCUUGACUUGCCCUCACUGCCAGAAACAGAGCAACACCUUUGACCCUUUCCUCUGCAUCUCACUGCCCAUCCCGGUACCGCACACUCGGCCCCUGUAUGUGACGGUGGUGUACCAGGGAAAGUGUUCCCACUGUAUGAGAGUGGGUGUGGCUGUGCCUCUCUCCAGCACUGUGUCCAGACUGAGAAACGCUGUGGCCCAGGAGACCAAAAUACCCUCUGAACAGAUUGUCCUUACCGAAAUGUACUCCGAUGGCUUUCACCGCUCCUUCUGUGACGAUGAUGACGACCUUGAGAUCAUUCAAGAGAGCGACUCCGUAUUUGCCUUUGAAACACCUGAGUUGUUUAGACCAGAGCAGAUCCGUUCUCAGCGAGGAAGUCCCCAUGCUAAUCUGAAUCAGAACAACUUGAAGUAUGGGACAGACAACAACAGGCUACAGGUGUCAACAAAAAUGGAAGAGUCAGUGACUCCCCCUCCGAGCCCCAAUAAGAUCAGCGGGGCUGACAAGAUCAUUCUGCUGGUGUGUAACAGAGCCUGUGCUGGACAGCAGGGACGCAGGUUUGGUCAUCCGUUUGUGCUGUAUCUGGAGCGGACUGUCACCUGGGACAUUCUGCAGAAGGAGAUCCUGGAGAAGAUGCGUCACCUUUUGCGUCCCGGGGUCUUUGUCCAGGUUGGGCCCUUCAGUUUGCGUGUAGUGGGGGUGGUUGGAAUCACGUAUCUCUUACCUCAAGAGGAGCAACCACUGUGCCACCCCUCUGUGGAGAGAGCGUACAAAUCUUGUGGGCCAGGAGGUCCCCCACAUGUCAAGAUUGUGGUGGAAUGGGACAAAGAGACAAAAGACUAUCUGUUCAAACGCACCGAGGACGAGUACAUCCCAGAUGCUGAGAGUGUACGUCAACAGAAAGACGGACAUCUGCAGCCUCAGAUGUGCUCCCUCGCCCAGUGCUUUCAGCUCUACACCAAAGAGGAACAGCUUGCUCCAGAUGAUGCCUGGCGCUGCCCACACUGCAAGCAGCUACAGCAGGGCAGCAUCAAGUUGAGCCUCUGGACCCUGCCUGACAUCCUCAUACUGCACCUCAAACGCUUCAGACAAGACGGAGACCGGAGGAUGAAGAUGCAGAACAUGGUGAAGUUUCCUCUGAUCGGGAUGGACAUGGCGCCCCAUAUGGUCAAGCGGAGCCAGAGCAGCUGGAGUCUGCCCUCGCACUGGUCACCAUGGAGACGACCUUACGGGAUGGGCCGCGACCCCGAGGACUACCUGUAUGACCUGUACGCUGUGUGUAACCACCACGGGACAAUGGCGGGAGGUCAUUACACAGCUCACUGUAAAAACUCCAUCGAUGGCAUGUGGUACUGCUUUGACGACAGCGAUGUCCAAGCCAUAUCUGACGAUGACGUCUGCAAGCAGAAUGCCUACAUACUGUUUUAUCAACGACGGGCCACCAUCCCGUCAUGGUCUGCUAACAGCUCCGUUGCAGGUUCGACCAGCUCGUCUCUGUGUGAACACUGGAUCAGCAGGUUGAUAGGGAGUCGUCCUCCCAGCCAGGCCUCAUCUGGCUCCUCCAGACGCACUUCGCUGGCCUCCCUCUCGGAGUCGGCCGAGUUCACUGGGGAACGCAGCGAAGACGAUGGCUUCUCUACCCGCCCGGCGGUGAGGAGUAUCCAGAGACAGACCUUCUCCUCGCGCUCCAACAUGGCCAGCCCUCUGGCCCUCAGCGAGAACGGCUCGAAGCCCUCCUGGUCCCUCUCCACUAAGCUCCAUCUGCGCUCCAACUCUCCCUCGCGCUUCUCCCUGGAGUCCCACUCCUCCUCGCCCACCCUUGAGAGGAUAGGCGAGGCGGUUGAUGACAAGGUCUCCACCUCCUGCUUUAGCGGCUCGGCGAAACCCGAGGUAAGGGCUGGAGGUAAGACACCCCUGGUGGUGGAGGGUAAUGCAGGGGCUAAAAGGCUCUUGGAGCAGGUGCACUCCAAGGCCAUCCCCCAGGCUGAGCUGAGGAGCUCCAGCCCGGCAGGGGGUAACAGUAACGUGGCUACAGUCGUGGAGCCAGGCAGCCCGGGUCAAGGAGCAAUCGCUAAAGAGCCUAAACAACGAGGAGCAGGGGGAGAGGAGGGCGCUGGGGCGAGGAGAAACUCUGCAAAGACUGUUGAGUCCGAGAAGAGCCCCAAGAAGCACCCAACCACCCCCUCACCGUCCCCUUCCCACACCUCCUCUGUGACCCACGGAUCGUCACCUUCUCGAACCCAAGCCAAGAGCGUGGCGGCCACAGUGUCCAACCCCAAAGAAAAAAGCGAGGGUGCAGUCAAAAAAAACAGCAAGACCUCCUUAGCCAAAACAGCCACCCCCACGAAAAAGGAGCCGUUGCAGACCCCAGAAACACUUCACCCUGAAACAGCAAAGCAAAGGAAGGGAGGCUCCCCCAGGUCCCAGAGUUCCUCGGCACACCCGCCGAGGAAGACGUCGCCCAGAGGAACGGUGGAGAGGAGCUCCGCAUCAGCGAGAACCAGAGCAGCCGAGAGGAGCGCCAGUCGGGAGACGUCGCGGACCACCUCAGUGUUAGAGAGGGGGGUGAACCACGGUGGUCCCUCCUCCAGGGCCAGUGGUGUGUCCCGUGGAGGAGAAGUGUGUGCCACUGGCCGGGGCGAAGGUAGGGCGGGGCGAGGGGCGGAGAGCAGGGCUGGGGGGAGGAGCACCAGCAGCAGCUCCUCCAUGACCAGCCUGCGAUCGUCCAGUGUGAGCGUGGCACCGGCAGCGGCCUCAGCAGCGCCGCCCAGGGGACCUCUUUGGAACAGCAAGACAGAGGAAAAGGGACUCAACUUCUUCAAGAGUGCCCUGAGGCAGAAAGAGACACGCAGGUCCACGGACGGGGGAAAGCCAACCACGACGGCCAAAGCAGGGACAGGCGAGGCUAAAGGCAACUCAGAAGAAGGGGCUGGGGAGGAGACUGGAGAAGUGGCGGGGAAUGGAACAGCCAAGAGGGCCCAGCAGGGGAACCCAGAGGCCCAGAUGAACACACCCUCGGCCAAAGACAAGGAAUCGUCCAAGACAUCCAACCCAGCCAAGCACUCUAUACUGUCCUCCGCCAAGUCCAAGUCCUCCGGAGCAGAGACCGGUGGAGUGGAGAAAGCCUCUGCCAACGGGAAAAAACCUCCUGAAAAGAGGUUGCCGCCAUCCCGAAAGAUCCCCAUCAAUUCUUCACGAACCACCCAGAAGUCCAAGUGAAAUAUCUUUGGGGACCCAGAACAACCGAUGAAGUGAAGCUCCAAGGUGUCUCAAAGAUUGAACUACAUCUCCUCUUUGGGAGCGACUUUUGAAAAGCACCUCUGGCUUUUCAUUGGCCCCAGAUGAUUGCAAGCUGCCAUACAUGACAAUCUGUCCCUGUCCAAUUUAUUCUAUAGUAAUGGAUUGAAACAAAGCACUUUGUAUGGAUUGCGUUGUUAAUUCUUUUUUUGAAAAAUGAUUUUAAUCAAUUGGAUUAUUAUAUGAACUGCACAUGUAAUGACAUUUUUACCUGGUUCUUUAGCAUACUUUGACAAGGUUCGUCUUGGGCAGACGUCGAAAGGAACUUGUGUAGCGAGCAAGUACAUUUGCUAAGCAGUGUAAGGAUGAGAAACCCUGUAAAUCACACAAUAGAUCACACAUGGAAUACUACUCAGUCACCAGAUGUAGUUAACGAGCAGUGUUUUACAUCUGACUUCUUUGUACUUUUAAAACUUCUGGGUCCACUUUCAAAUAGUUCAAAACAUUCCACACCAGGCAGAGCAUCUAAAUAUAUGGAGCCAUGAAACAAACGCCAAUACCUAUCAUAAUCCCAGUUAAUAGCUAAUUAGAUACAGUAUAGGUCAGUGGUAAUGUAUGUCAAAUCUCAUAUUAAGAGCUAUCAAUGCAGGUACAUUUGUAAUCCCAAAUUCACUGGUAUUAGUUGUUCAGUACUGAUAAUCCCAGUUUGAGCAACUCUAAUUCCAGAUAUAGAUAAGGAAUAAUCUCAGUCUAACAACUCUUGGUUUUCAUUUUACUUAAACUCCCAGUAUGAUAACAUAAUCCCAAUUUAACAUUUGUGAUUGUGCAACAACAUUUUGCCAGCCUAAGUAGGACAUUAUAUGUAUCCAGGACUAGAGGUGUGUGUAUACCUGCCAAUAGCAUUAAAGGGACCCAUUAGAAAUAUACAAGGAAGGUGACAUCGCUCAAUGAUUUUGGAAGGUUGGGACUGUGGUUCUUCACUCUCCCUUUGGUGUUCCUGAUUUGGAAUAGUAGUGACAUCAUAGUGUGACAUAAUAGCCCCCCAGAGUGCCCGAACAACUCCACUCACCUCUGCCCCCGACUGGUGACCACUGUCACUGCGGGUGGUCAAGGCCUUACAGGGGACCACAUUCAGACUGCCAGACAUCUCGAAACAUUCCUUAAGACGAACACAGGGUCGAUGUGAGAAAAAAAAGACACACUCAAGGCCAUCAAAGACAUUGCUAAAGACAAUACAUGGGGACGUCUUUAUAAGAUCACCAUAUAUGGUGCGAUUGGAUCCGCCCUAUCCUUUUCUGUUUUUCUCUGUGUCAUCACAGCUUGUGCCUGUGCACAUUUUGGCUUAUGCGCUACCAAGCAGAUUUCCCGCGUAGAAUGCACUGACUUAGAUUCAGAAAAGUGAUCGUCAUGAUGAAAUGUAUGACAGCAAUCUUUGCAUGAAAUUGCUUAUGCAUGCAUUAAACUAUGCAAGCAACACUUGCUAAUGUCCACACAAGUAAUACUGCUACUUUUGGAUGUGUAUAUAUUUCUAACUGUAUAUUUUUCCAAAUGCCUGCAUCAGAGAGCAUGUUUAGGCAUCAUUCAAUGCUUUAUUUGCACAUUUUCUUCAGAGUAUAAUACUUUUUUUUUUUAAAUGAAUUGUAGGUAUUGCUCUUUCACCUUAAAGUAAACCAACUCACUUGCGAAUUAAUGAUUUCUGUAUUGUAUUCAUUUGACUCAUGUUUGAUUCCAAACAAUUUAAGGGACACGCUAUCCCAUAGAUCACUGCAACCAAACAUCUAAUAACUAAAUAUAAGAAAUACAUUUGGAAACAACUAGUAUGAUUGUGAAAUGUCACUUUGUCAUGGUUUGAAAGUAGGUACUUUUCAGAUGGUUUUAGUGACUGAAUCCCCAACUAGUUUAUAUCAUUCAUUCAUUCAAAUAGCCAAAGACAAUACACAAGAUUAUUUUCAGUGGAAUACUUUAUGAACCAGCUGUCUAAAUACUGGCUGGAGCUAUAAUCUUCCAGAUGUUUUUCAAAGUGAGAUGAUACAGUAAAGGGUGAUACAGGGGUGACCUUUAUCAGCAUCACCUCUGCAACCACACUGCCUUCUGUUGCCUUGUUCAAAAUCGCCCUUUCCAAGGAAUACCCUUAAAAUAUCACAUAUACACUGAGUGUACAAAACAUUAGGAACACCUUCCUAAUAUUGAGUUGCACCUCCCUUUGCCCUCAGAACAGCCUCAAUUCGUCGGGGCAUGGACUCUACAAGGUGUCGAAAGCGUUCCACAGGGAUGCUGGCAGAUGUUGACUCCAAUGCUUCCCACAGUUGUGUCAAGUUGGUGGAAUGUCCAUUGGGGGGUGGACCAUUCUUGAUACACACAGGAAACUGUUGAGAGUGAAAAACCCUAGCAGAGUUGCGGUCCUUGACACACUCAAACUGUUGUGCCUGGCACCUACUACCAUACUCCGUUCAAAGGCACUUCAAUCUUUAGUCUUGCCCAUUCACCCUCUGAAUGGCACACACACAGAAUCCAUGUCUCAAUUGUCUCAACACUUAAAAAUCCUUCUUUAACCUGUCGCCUCCCCUUCAUCUACGCUGAUUGAAGUGGAUUUAACAGGUGACAUCAAUAAGGGAUCAUAGCUUUCACCUGAUCAGUCUAUAUCACUGAAAGAGCAGGUGUUCCUAAUGUUUUGAUAUAUUUGAUAGAUUAUAUUACAUUGAAUAUCUGCAGAUUUCAACUAUUGUAAGACGUAUCUUUUUUUUCAACCUCGCAAUUAGCUGUUGAAAUUCUGAUAUCUUCCCCUUCCCACCCUCGAGUACAAUGGUAAUUUUAAGUAGGGAGGCUGUUUUGCUCUGGAGCACUAGCCUUGGUAGUCUACAUACAGUACAACAGAAAACAACAGAAACGCUUCAAAUCAUAUCAUGAUUAUGCUCAAGUGGAAUGGGACUUCAAUAGAGUAAAAGGUCAAAUGCAAGUCAUUAUUUAUUUUCGGCAAGCGCAUGAGUGUCAAAUUUUAAAAAAAUUACUAAAAAGUUUUUAAAGUAUGCACUUUUUAAUGACUCAGUUCUGAAAUCUUUUUUUUCUUCAUAUUUUUUAAGGGUUCAUUACUUCAAAGGGAGAAAGCAAUGUUUGUAUAUGCCAUUGGUUUAGCAAUGCAACAACAAAAAGAUGUCAUAAAAUAAAAAUAAUUGUUAAUUUUA